UCUCUUGUCCCUAUUUCCAUCACUCAUUCACUCUCUUUUCUCCUAUCCGUUAAAAAUUGUUUUCUCCCUUGAUAAUUCUUUUCUCCUUUUACAGUUAGGUAGGACUGCUCACCUUACUUUUUUGGCAGGAUUCUCUUGCCAGUCUUUUCAGUGUAAUAGAGCCCAAUUACAAGGGAUAGCUAGAACAAGCAACUACUACUACAUAUUAGAAACAAGACAGUCUAUAGUCAUACCCACCUUCCCUUCUAAGAGUUUUGCUUGUUUGCUUGAUUGCUUGCUUGCUUUUCAUUCUGAGUCCUUUUUACUUACCCAAAUGAAGACCAUCAUUGCCAAAACUCCUCAUGACUCUUCUUUCUCUUUCUCCAGGAGAUACUUCCACUGGAAAAAGAAAAUUGAUGAGGAGGAUGAUGAGGAAGAAAUCUUGACCUUCAGCUCAUCCUCACAUUUCUGUGAAGAUGAGAUCAAAGAUUUGGAGGAGCUAACAAUCCCAGGGCCGGUGAAAAUUACUUCUGUGACAGCAGCACCAAGGCCGAAGAAACAUUCUAAGCUCCGAUCGGCUCUUACAAUUUUCGGUAAGAGCCAAUCGAGGUAUCACUCGAGUCUUGGGAGCCGAGUGAUAGGUACCCUUUUCGGGUAUCGAAGAGGCCAUGUCCAUUUUGCAUUUCAAGAAGAUGCCAAGUUGAGUCCAGCAUUUUUUAUUGAACUUGCAACACCCACAAGUCUUUUAGUCCGAGAGAUGGCUUCUGGGUUGGUUCGCAUUGCCUUGGAGUGUGAAAAGAGAACAGAAAAGAAAGGCAAGAGGUUGCUAGAGGAGCCCCUUUGGAGGAGUUACUGCAAUGGAAAGAAGUGUGGGUUUGCAACAAGGCGCGAGUGCGGGCCUGAGGAGUGGAAGGUGUUGAAAGCUGUGGAGCCAAUUUCAAUGGGUGCAGGUGUGUUGCCUGGAACUGGGAAUGGAGCUGCUGAUGGGUCCGAAGGAGAGCUCAUGUAUAUGAGAGCCAGGUUUGAGAGAGUUGUGGGUUCUAAAGAUUCAGAGGCUUUCUAUAUGAUGAACCCUGAUGGCGCUGGAGGUCCUGAACUUAGUGUGUAUUUGAUUAGAGUUUAGCUAGGUUGGCCAUGGGCUUUUGCAUCAUCAUCCACAUAAUUCCUACUUCUUUAGUGUGCUUAAAUGCUUUAUCCAUGUAUAGUUUCUCCUUGUUUUUGGUUCUUUUUGGGAAAGUGAAAAAAAGAGAUGCAAACAUCAAGUUCUUUCUUCUGA